AUCCCAACAGUCCAAGAGUUGCCUAAUUUGAAUGCAGCUUGAAAUAUCUACUUCCACAUCAGUAUUAAUUACAUUAACUAUAAACUUCAACAACAGCAAACAGAGCAGCAAGAAAAUGAAAAUCAUGGAGGCCAUGACAGGAGCCGUGGAUUCUGCUGCAUCCAAGCUUGAUCGCGCCAGGGAACUACGAGCUUUCGACGAUACCAAAGCCGGAGUCAAGGGAUUGGUGGAUGCAGGCGUCGAGAACGUCCCUCAAAUUUUCCUUCUUCCCCGCAACAACACGAAGAGCGGAACAGGCGAUACAGCCAAGGUGAAUUUCACCAUUCCUGUGAUCGACCUUCAAGGUGUUGAAAUCGAUUCAACACUUCGCCAGGAGAUCGUCCAUAGAAUUAGGCAUGCAUCGGAGACAUGGGGCUUCUUUCAGGUGGUGAACCAUGGGAUUCCUGUUGGUGUACUGGAGGAAAUGCUUCGUGGUGUACGUAGAUUUAACGAACAAGACGUAGGGGUGAAGAAGCAAUUCUACACGCGCGAUGUUUCAAGAAAAUUCGUGUUCAACAGCAACUUUGAUCUGUACGCUUCACCAGCUGCUAAUUGGAGGGACACUUUCUUCUGCUUCAUGGCUCCUACUCCACCCCAGCCCCAAGAAUUGCCAGCUUCAUGCAGAGACAUACAAAUUGAGUAUUCAAGACAUGUAAUGACCUUGGGGGUUCGGCUAUUUGGCUUGCUGUCCGAGGCUCUUGGUCUUGAAACUAGUCGCCUGACAAACAUGGAUUGUGCCAAUGGGCUCGCUUUCGUGGGACAUUACUAUCCAUCGUGCCCUCAGCCGGAACUGACUUUAGGAGCAAGCAAGCAUACGGAUGACGGCUUCCUUACCGUGGUCCUACAAGACCACAUUGGAGGCCUGCAAAUUUUUGCAGAGAAUCAGUGGAUUGACGUUCCUCCAGUGCCUGGCGCUCUAGUAAUUAACAUUGGAGAUCUACUACAGCUUAUAUCAAAUGACAAGUUCAAAAGUGUGGAGCACAGAGUUCUGGCAAAUCGGGAAGGUCCAAGAGUAUCAGUGGCGUGCUUCUUCAGCACUGCACUCAUGCCAUCCUCCAAGCUGUAUGGGCCAAUCCAGGACUUGCUGUCGGAAGAUAACCCAGCAAAGUACCGGGAAACAACUGUAGAGGAGUUUUUUUCCUACUCCUACGCUAAAGGUCUUGAUGGGGUUUCCCCCUUGCUGCAUUUCAAGAUCUAAAUAUAUAUCAUGGCCUGUAAUGGGAUAGGUGAAAAAUUGCUUUUCUACCGCUUCAAAAUGUGUAAUUUUUAAUUUCUGAUUAUCCUAUAUAUAUGAUGGAGCUGGAGCAAUUGAAACUAAA